AUUUGCGUUUUGACCGCUUGAAAAACGGAGUCAUCAACAACAGUGAAUCAACAAGAACAAUUCUACACUGAUAAAAUAAAAACAUCAUCACACCAAUAUCAAAAUUCACCAAAAGUGAAGGGUUUUAGAAAAGGUUUAUGUCUGCAAGUUUCUUGAAUAUCAUUGGGCCCCAGUUGAAGGUCUGGAUUUCAUUUGCUGUGAUUUAUCUCUGCUGUUUCACUCAGCAGAGUUCUUGUUUCUGUUUGUCAUCAGUUUCGAUGCGUUUGAGGCCAAAAAGGACUUGUUCUGGAUUCGAGUGUUUUGGUUGUUUUCACAUACAAAGUUUUUCCAAGAUUUUAAAAUUUUGUGUUCAAAAUCGUAAUCACAAUCACAAGAGAGUCUUUUUGAUAAGAUCUGGUUAAAACCCACAUCAAGUUUUGAAUUUUUAUACAUUUUAAACUUUUUCCGGUGGUUUUUGAUAACAAAAUGUCGGUUUUUUCUAAACAAUCGCCGGAAAAUCAAGAAACCGGUUGCAACAAGAGACCCAGAAAGAGAGGAAAGGUUGUAACAACCGACCCGGAUAACCUGAUGAGAACGGUUCGGAUCUUUUGUCAUGACCCGGAUAUGACGGACUCAGAUGAUGACGAUGAGCCCAAAAGUAAAACACUUGUUAAGGAAAUCAAGAUUCCGAUGAUCAAGAUUCCGGCAACCGGAUCUUUUCAAGUUGGGUUAAAAAAUGCUGACAAAAUUUUAGCAAAAACAAAAACGGGUUUGACUAAAAAUGUUAGUCAACCACCGGGUGUGACAACCGGGUUGAAAUACCGGGGGGUCCGGCAACGGAAAUGGGGCAAAUGGGCUGCCGAGAUCCGUGACCCGUUUAUGGGUAGACGGAUCUGGCUCGGUACAUUCGAAACAGCUGAAGAUGCUUCACAAGCUUACGAAAACAAGAAACUCGAGUUUGAAGAAAUGGCCCAAUCUUUAAAGCUUCCUGUUAAUAAAAACAAAAACCGGGGUCCGGCCCGGGAAAAGCCCGCGGUUUCGGAAGAAUCGGCGGACGUGCUCGCGCACGGGUCACCGUCUUCAGUUCUCGAGAUGGAAUUGUCUUCCGGUUCUGGUUCGGGAGCGAAAAUCUUUAUCAAUGAGGAUAAAAAGAUGGAGCCGUUUAAUGAAGUGUUGUCAUUAGAUCAUUUAGAUGUUCAUUUAGACUUGUUGCCCGAAAUGGGCUUGGUUGAACCGGUUGAUGAAGCGUUGACAUUGGCGGAAAUAGGGAACGAUUUGGACCUCGGGUUGGAACUCGGUGCACCGUUUCUUGACGAUUUUGUGGCGCCGUUACAUGGUGAGUUUGGCGAUAUCGAUGAUUUGGAACUUUAUGGGCUUGAUGAAGAAUCUACUGAAUUGCCUGAUUGGGAUUUUGGAGAGUUGAACAAUGAAGAACUUGCUUGGAUCAACACAUUGAGAUUUGAUGAGUCGUUAAUGGGCUAAUAGUAUUUUUGCAGCUAGUGGUUAAUCAAAUAUUAUUUUUUAGUUAAUUCAAUUUUAAUCAGUUUAGUAGCUGAUAGUUUUUGGAGAGUGAGUUUGAUUUGAUUUUGUGGUCAUUGUAACGAACCGGAAGCAAAGAGAAUAAUGAAUCGUUUGGUUUUUUUUUUUU